UUUGUCAAUUUUCGUUUAUUGUUGGCUAAAAAAAUGGAAAUUGCCAAAUUUUAAGAUGUCCUACAUUUGUUUUACAUAUUUCCAUUAUUUUCAGUCUAAAUCGUUAUGUAUUUCAUGAAACGUAAUCCAGAUUUCAAAUUUAUAUGUGCUUUUACAAGAUUAUACAGUUUUGCCCGUAAAACUCAUUACGAUGUUCUUAACUUGCGAAAAAAUUGUUCCGAUAAAGAAAUUAAAGAUGCGUUUAUCCAGAUGAGCAAAGAAUACCAUCCAGAUAAAAACAAAGAUGUGAAGGCUCAGGAAAAGUUUGUACGUAUUGUAGAAGCUUACAGUGUGCUGGGGAAGCCAUGCAGUCGAGCACAAUAUGAUAGCAAUAUUAUUGCUGCAGAUGCCUACUCUGGCCCGUCUCCACAAUAUACAUACAAGAGAUACAAUAACUAUGGUGCAAAUCCUCAAUACAGUAACUUCUACCAGUCUACGCAGUAUAAGAGGGCAGAUGAACAAACAAACACAAAAUCAAAAACGACUGCGAGCUCCGCAGCGGUCGGCAAGAAGAUACCUAAUUAUGUUAUCAUCAUGAUAUGCUGUGGCAUCGCUGUUGUGGGUGCAAUACUGCAAGCUUUUGUUAUUAGAGAAAUGUACAUGAUGCAUAAAAAACAGACUCUAGAAAAGUCAAAACGCAUUGCGGAAGAGCUAGAAAAAGUUCGCAACGCUGCUAAAAGUAAUAGCAAUGAGGCCCAUACCCGUCUGUUAUUAGAGAAGAUAGUGGCAGCGGCGAACCCCACGGUGGCCACGGCUUCCCUCGGACAAGCGCUGGCGGAGGACAAAAAGUGAUUAUCCAAUAAAGUAGGAUUCCUUUGCUCACAAGACACCUUGCUCAAUCAUUUUCUAGCAAAAACCUUUCAAUAAUACUCAUUGUAUUUUAUCUACUUUACUACAUAGAGUUUUAGAUUUCAAUUUAUAUUUCAAUUGGUCAAACCUCAACCAAACAUCAGCAACCACCAGAUAGUAUAGCACAAGAAUUCAUACAACCAAUACUUACGUUGACAAGUCUUAUCUUGUCUCUCUUUAUAUUUUUUCAUCAGAGUUAGAGAGAGAGGGAAGAAAGACAUAUACUUUACGUUAAAAACUCCGUAGAUUACCUAGCAAAGCAUUUUGAAAUGUGCUGUGUCUCUUACAGCAUGAUUUGCUUGACCAAUCUUAAAUUUUUAGAAAUGAAUGGACAAUCGGUCGUGCAAUUUGCUUUACGUAUUCCCCCCACUGCUAGGUUGUGGUACGGGUUCCAAAUUUUACAAAGAAGGCAACCAGGAAAAACGACAGGACGAUAAUGACUAUUGUUAUUAGAAAAUUUAUAUAUAUAAAUAACUUAAAAUUGAUGAAUUUCAAGAACAUGGCCCCAUUUAUUAAAUGUUUUGAUUAAGUGUGGUGUCUGAUGUAGCAUUUUGAUGUACAAUACAAUCAAUCGAUCCCAAAUGAGAUGCAGAUGGAGGUAGUUCAUUACGUAGUACAAUUUUUUUAAUUAAAUGUUCAAUGAACAAAGUACAUUUUGAUUAAAUAUAUUUGUUUUCUUUUUUCAAAUUAUUUGGUAAAAAUAAUUUUUAUUGACGAUAUAAGUAAUUUAUUUUAGAUGUAUUUAGUGCGAGUUUGUACAGUAGAUGUAGUUGGUAACUAAGUAUUUUGUAGAUAGUAGAUUUGAAAAAUAAGAAGGGGUAUUUUCACAAUUCCUUUCAUAGAAAAUAGCAACUGCUUUGGAUAAUUACAAAACUCUCAGUUAAGUCCAAAUGUUCGACAUGCACAGAACGCCUAAUGGUAAUAAGUUCAGUUGUUGCUCAUUUCAAGUGCAUUAAGAUUAUCAACAAAUAAAAAAAAAAUAUGUUUUCAUACCUGAUAACA